GCUACGCCCACUGUGGGGUUAAGCUCCGCCCAUUGGAGUCCAGCUACGGAUACAGGUCAUUGAGCAAGCUAGCGGUAGAUGGCCAAGGUCGUUUGGGUGGAUUACAUAAAGGUCGCUUUGUAGACGUCGCCCACACGGGUCAGCUGACAUUGUCGCUCCCAUCCUGAUUGGUGCUUGCGUUUCAAGCUCCACACGCAGAUGCAGCUUUCAUCUUGAUGACUGAUGAGGAUAAACUAACUGGCGCUGCAGGAAUGAAUGGAUGAAUCCAUGUUAGUUGUUCAUGGUGACACGUGACAGGAAGGUAGUUCCUGACUGUGUACAUGUAUCACCUGCAUAUCAGGCAGCCCACUAGCAUGCUAAACCAAGCUAACCCGGCUAGCUUCCAUUCACGCUCCGUAAGAGGAGGUUCCAGCCUGUGUUUAGUCGGGAGGAGGCGCUUCAGCGUUGGUCAUGAUUUCACCACGAUCGAGCGGUGCGCCGAGGAAAUACUUCCCCACACCAACGUUCCUUCUCCUCACGAUGACAGCAUUUCAUUCCCGUGAUGUGGAGGAAGAGACAGACACCGCCAAGGAUCUAAAGGCACGUGUGGACCACCUGAUGACUGCGGAGACCACAAACCACAUCAACAUUCAGGAUCUGAUUGUAAGUGUGAACCACCUGAUGACUGCAGAGAGCACAAACACCAAAACCAUUCAGGAUCUAACCACACGUGUGGACCACCUGAAGACUGCAGAGACUGCAAAUGAAAACACCAUUCAGAUUCUCACUGCACAUGUGGACCACCUGAAGACUGCGGAGACCACAAACAACAAAACCAUUCCGGAUCUAAAGGCACGUGUGGACCACCUGAUGACUGCGGAGACCACAAACCACAUCACCAUUCAGGAUCUAACCACACGUGUGGGCAAGCUGGAUGGCAUGUCAGACAAACGUAAGGUGUGGUUUGCAGCAGUAGGGGGCGACAAAAAGACAAGUGAUAACAAGGUGAUCUUUGGCGAGGUGCCCACCAACAUGGGUAACGCCUAUGAUGCCAACACAGGCAUUUUCACAGCCCCCUACAAGGGCGCCUACUUCUUCACCUUGACCUACAAAUCAGCUGGUAAGAUGAUUUAUCUAGCUGUGUAUAAGGAGAAGAAGAAUGGGAGCAGAGAGUGGCUGAUGUACAUGUUUGACGACACCGAGAUCCCAGGGAAGGACUACAUGGCCUCCAACAGCAGGAUGGUUGACCUGGAGCAUGAAGACAAGGUGUAUGUCUAUACUUAUAGUGACGAUGGACUUACAUCUGGUUGGGCUAACGUGUUCAGUGGCUUCCUGGUGCAUCCCAUGUAAAGUGGGGGCGGGCGCAUCCAUCCAUGAUAUCAGGGAUAUCAGGGCAGUAUCGCUAUGGGAUGGAUGCUUUGAUGUGUAUUCCAUGAUAUCGUGUGGCUAACGUUCCACGUGUGUUUAUGGGUAUUGAAGGGCGUACAGGUGGCGUGUGGCUGAUGCCCCCUACUGGUAACGCUUGUCAUAUUUACUCGUAUUCUGCUCUGUAUUGUUUUCCUAAAGGGACUGUUUGCCAACAUCCCGCCCUCUUCCUGUGUUGGCACGGAAGGCUAUUGCUAACAUGCUAGCUUCUAUUUGUUCCCUUGAAAUGUUGUCAUGAUUUGCCAACCAUGUGCCCUGCUAAUGGAUCA